AUGCCGGAGGUCAAGUCAUUCGAAAUCUCCGAGCCACUAAAAGCAGCGCUCAAGGGCUUUGCUUUGGCCAAUCCUCAAUUGUCGUUUGUGGAGAGCGAAAAUGUGUUUGUUCGCCAAACAGAUAACAAGAAGAUCGCCCUCAUUUCAGGCGGCGGGUGUGGCCACGAACCUGCCCACGCAGGCUACGUAGGACACGGAAUGUUGGGUGGUGCCGUAUGCGGUGACAUCUUUGCAAGUCCCUCUACCAAGCAGAUUCUGAACGGAAUCAAGCUGCUCAAUGAGCAGAGCAGUGGUGUCCUUUUAGUGGUCAAGAACUACACUGGAGAUGUGCUGCAUUUUGGACUGGCCGCCGAGCGUGCCAGGGCCUUGGGGAUCAACUGUAAGGUCGUUGUCGUCGGCGAUGACGUGGCCGUGGGUAGAGCCAAAGGUGGUCUCGUCGGUCGCAGAGCGCUUGCAGGAACAGUUUUGGUGCAGAAGAUUACCGGAGCGUUUGCCGAGAAAUACUCAGACAAGUAUGGUCUUGACAGUACCGCCCGUGUCGCGGAAGUGGUGAUCGACAGUCUGGUGACCAUCGGAGCCUCGCUCGACCACUGCAAAGUGCCCGGGCGUAAGUUCGAAACGGAGCUCAACGAGCACAAAAUGGAGCUUGGAAUGGGCAUUCACAAUGAACCCGGUGUGAAGGUGCUCGAGCCAGUCCCCAGCACAGACGACUUAAUCCGCAAAGACAUGCUACCAAAGCUUCUGGACGCUAGUGAUAAGGACAGACACUUUGUAGAGUUCAGCAAAGACGACGAAGUCGUGGUGUUGAUCAACAACUUGGGUGGGGUCUCAAACUUUGUACUCUCUGCCAUUGCGGCCAAGACCGUUGAAUUCUUGAAAGAGGACUACGGAAUCACGCCUGUACAGACUAUAACGGGCACUUUAAUGACCUCUUUUGACAUGGACGGCUUUAGCAUCACGCUUUUGAACGUUUCGCAUGCCUCGAAGCAUGUUCACAAGGAGUUCCCUGAAGUGAACUGUGUGUUGGACCUUUUGAGGGCCCCCACUGACGCCCCCGGCUGGCCCAACAUCUCGCAUGAAGACGACAAGGCGCCAAAAAUUGACGGCUCUUUGCUAAAGGAAAAUAUCAAGGUUAAACCUGCUGGUAAAUUUGACUUUGAGCAUUUUGCCAAGAUGAUGAAAUCCGGGGCCGACCAGCUCAUUGAGAGCGAGCCCCACAUCACAAAGUUGGACACGCAAGUCGGCGAUGGUGAUUGUGGUUACACUUUGGUGGCUGGCGCCAAGGGUAUCACCGAGAAUUUGGAAGGUCUUGACAAGACAUACCUGUCUCAGGCGUUGGCGCAGAUCUCCGAUCACAUCGAAAGCUCCAUGGGAGGCACUUCGGGUGGUCUAUAUUCUAUCAUGAUUUCCGGUUUGUCUCACGGCUUGAUCCAGGUGUGUGAAAACGCUGAAGAGCCUAUAGACGCUAAGAAGCUAGGAAAAGCCAUGGAGAUUGCUCUCGACACCUUGUACAAGUACACCAAGGCUCGUCCUGGUGCCUCUACGCUUGUGGACGCCCUAGAGCCUUUUGUCAAAGAAUUUGCGUCGUCAAACGAUUUUGCGAAAGCUAUCGACGCUGCCGAUAAGGGUGCGAAAUCUACAGGUUCCAUCGAAGCCAAAUUCGGCAGAGCCUCUUACGUGAGCGAUUCGAGCGAGAUUCCUGACCCAGGUGCUAUUGGCUUUGUUGAAUUUUUGCAAGGCGUGAAGAAGGGUUUUUAA